CUUGGCUCCGAUCACUGACAACUAGUCGGUGCCGAUAGACCUCGGCAACUGAGCGUGGGGCUUUGCAGCCCCUGUACCACAUGGCAUCAAUCGCAAGCAUCCAUAGAUAUCUCGGCCUCGAAUCCGUACGUUCAUGCGAAUUGCGUCGACAAAAAAAAAGAAAAGAAGAAAAGAAAAAGAAACGAAAAAACCCAGGGCGCCUUUCUGGAGCACGGAAUACACGUGGUUUAACCAAACAAUUAGCGUGGCCAGCGCAGUGCCCUUCGCAUCUCAGCCGCUAACCGCUUUUGCACAUCGCCGACAUCGACGACGACUCGGUCUUGCCGUCCUGCUGCUGUCGCUUCGUCUCACUUCAGGAUCGCAGAGUAGACGGGAACUGCUGCUUUCGUCGCAAGGACCACUAAGCGCCGCCCGACUUGCAUUCGGCCGGCCACAUCGGGCUUCGGGCUUCACACUAACGAUGGCUGACCGUCCAACAUUGCUCCGGCCGCCUCCUGAGGACCCCGACAAGGCGCAGAUUGAAAAUGCCUUGGAGGUGAUCGAGCUGGCCGUCCUGGGUCCUAACAUCUUCACCAACGCCCGCCAGCCCUGGCACCCCCCGGGAGCCCGCGGCAUCUAUGGCGGCGCCGUGAUCGCCAUGUGCCUGGCCGCGGCGCAGCGCACCGUCGCGCCGGAUUUCCUCGUCCACUCCUGCCACUGCUACUUCCUCCUGGCCGGCUCCUCCGAGCUGCCCAUCCUCUUCCACGUCGAGCAGGUCCGCGACGGCCGCUCCUUCGCCACCCGCACCGUCCAAGCCCGCCAGCGCGGCCGCUGCAUCUUCACCACCACCAUCUCCUUUGUCCGGGACACCCCCACCUCCACCAGCAGCAGCAGCAGCAGCAACGACAACGGGGGCGUCCGCACCGUCAGCCACGCGAGCGAGAUGCCGCGCGGGCCGGACGGCCAGCCGCUGCGGCCUCCCCCGGACGACUACGCCGACGAGCCGGAGGUGAUGGCGCAGGGCCCGUUCCAGGGGACCAAGAUCGAGAUCGUCAGCGACGGGGCGGACGGCGGCGACAAGGCCGGGUCCAAGAAGACGCGGCAGUGGGUGCGGGCGCGGGGGCGGAUCCGCGGCGGGGUGGCGGCGCAGCUGGAGGCGCUCGCGUACGUGUCCGACAGCUACUUCAUCGGCACCAUCACGCGCAUCCACCGGCUCUGGCGGUUCCCCUUCCCGCCCGAGGAGUACGACCGCCUGCCGGCCGACCUGCAGGCCAAGAUCCGCACCGUGCACCAGUGGGAGGGCAUGGGCGACGACCCCCGCGAGAUGGCCGGCCGCCCCGUCAUCGGCAUGAUGGUCAGCCUCGACCACACCAUCUACUUCCACGAACCCCGCCGCGUCCGCGCCGACGAGUGGAUGCUGACCGAGAUGGAGAGCCCCUGGGCCGGCGACGAGAGGGCCGUGGUCAUGCAAAAGAUCUUCAGCAAGGACGGGACGCUGCUCGCGACCUGCGUCCAAGAGGGGCUCGUCCGUCUCCAGCAGCCCGCUGCCAAGGGCAACGAGUCGAAAUUGUAAAACUGGCACACCUCGAUUAGACUAUUAGGAUAUGAUAUUGCUUGUAAAUCUUGGUGCAUGUUUGGAUUUGGGUGAAUUAGACCUAGUACCGCAGCCGUUGUUCAAUAGAACGAGCCCAGCAGAGCGAAGCGCUUUGCACGCCAUGUCCUUCCGCAAAGAAAAAGAAGAGCUUGCAUGAAGUU